GUUUUACAUUCUGAUAUAAAAAGCACAAUUUCGUUCAAUAUUUUUCGCCUUCGUUCAUGUUGUGGAUUGUGAAACUGUAUCAAACUUAUCAUGAUUACCAAUGCAUCGAUGAUGAUGGACAUCAAGACGCUAUCGUCUCCGGAACCGGGAAAUCUGAGUACAGAUUCUAUCAGCUGUUGUCGAUACAAUCUCCGAAACAGAGGUUCCACGAUGUUCACGGUAUUGACGGAAUCGGAAUGUCCCAUUUGUCUCUCUGAUGUGUUCGACAAGCCAGUGGUCGUCAACUGCGGUCACACCUUCUGCGGCAAGUGCAUUCGUACGACCAUGGCCAAAUACAAGAACUGUCCCAUGUGCAAUCAGGUGCUCAUCGAGCCACUUUUCCUGAGUGAUUUAAGAUUUACCCGAAAGCUGACCAACAAGCUGCAGUCACAGAGUUCUACAGAGACAAAGAUUCAAAGCUGUAAGGUUGUGCUGAACAGAUCCUGCAAAAGUAACAUGCCGCAGCAGAAGCCAAAAUCGGUUAACAACCAGAAAAAAUCCGCGCCAAAAUCGAAAAAGUCUCGCAACAUCCAGUAAGUACAUUCCGUUUUGUUAAUGAGAAUAUAGUAGAGAAAUAAUAGGAUUUUGUCCAUGUCCAUGUGGAUUUUUAAUUCAAUAUAUGUCGUCUGAUAUCAUGGAAUAAAAAAUAUGUGUACUCUUAAGAAAA